CUUCCGAUUUAUGCGCCCGAGCAAGUGGGUGUUGGUGGUAGGCGACGCCGCGAAGAAACAGGGCCUGGCGCCGUGCCUGCUCUCCGGUGAUCCGGAUUCUCUUCCUCAGGAAAGUAUGCCCCAGACUCCUCCCUUUGCGGCGAUGUUUGACAGCAGUGGCUACAGCCGAUACCUAUUCCAGUCCAAAGAGGACAGCUGUGAAGGGCUGUAUUACCAUGACAACAACUUGCUCUCAGGAUCUUUGGAAGCUCUCAUCCAGCACUUGGUCCCCACACUUGAUUACUACCCAGACAGAACGUACAUCUUUACUUUUCUGCUCAGCUCUCGGCUUUUUGUGCACCCUUAUGAAUUAAUGGCAAAAGUCUGCCAUCUCUGUACCGAGCAGCAGAGGCGAGCGGAGCCUGUGGCUGAUCAAAGCCGGUUACGGAAAAUUGCCCCCAAAGUCCUGCAGCUGUUGGCGGAGUGGACGGAGACGUUUCCAUAUGACUUUCGGGAUGAGCGCAUGAUGAGAAAUCUAAAAGAACUGGCCCAUCGAAUAGCCAACGCAGAUGAGACGUAUCGGAAAAACGUGCAGCAGAUCAUCCAGAGCCUCAUUCGUAAGCUGGCCUCUCUCAGCCAGUACGAGGAAGUUCUUGCAAAAAUCAGUGCAACUUCAACAGAUAGGCUGACGGUUUUAAAGACCAAACCCCAGGCCAUCCAGCGAGAUAUCAUCACAGUCUGCAGUGAUCCUUACAUGUUAGCCCAGCAGCUGACUCACAUAGAGCUUGAGAGACUGAGUUACAUUGGACCUCAAGAAUUUGUCCAGGCAUUUGUACAAAAGGAUCCACUGGACAAUGACAAGAACUCCUAUGGGGAUCGGAAGAAGUCCCGGAACCUGGAAGCUUACGUUGAAUGGUUCAACAGACUUAGUUAUUUGGUUGCUACAGAAAUAUGCAUGCCUAUAAAGAAAAAACACAGAGCAAGAAUGAUAGAAUACUUCAUUGAUGUCGCCCGAGAGUGCUUCAACAUUGGCAACUUUAACUCUUUAAUGGCUAUUAUUUCUGGAAUGAAUAUGACUCCUGUCUCCAGACUAAAGAAAACUUGGUCAAAAGUCAAGACUGCCAAGUUUGACAUUCUGGAACAUCAAAUGGACCCUUCCAGCAAUUUCUACAAUUACCGCACAGCUCUGCGUGGGGCAACACAAAGGUCUUUGACAGCUCAUAGCAGCAGAGAAAAGAUUGUGAUUCCAUUUUUCAGCCUGCUUAUCAAGGACAUUUACUUCCUCAAUGAAGGCUGUGCCAACCGCUUGCCCAAUGGCCAUGUCAAUUUUGAAAAAUUUUGGGAAUUGGCUAAACAAGUGAGUGAGUUUAUGACAUGGAAACAAGUGGAGUGUCCUUUUGAGAGAGACCGGAAAAUCCUUCAAUACCUGCUCACCGUUCCAGUCUUCAGUGAGGAUGCACUUUAUUUGGCUUCAUAUGAAAGUGAGGGCCCAGAGAAUCACAUUGAAAAGGACAGAUGGAAGACGCUCAGGUCCACGCUUCUGGGAAGAGGUUAAUUCGUGACGGGCUGCCUGCUGCAAUUGCUGCUAUGAUCUUGACAUGGAUUCCUACGAUUGAAGCCCGCCCAUGGUUGAGGUCGCUUAUUUAUUUAUUUACCCCCUCCUUCCUCUCCUCCCUCUUGAAGACCAAGAGGCAUUUUAAGUUAUGAGAGCUAAGUAGUUGGUGAGAGGCUUGUCGGGACAUGAUGCUAAGAAGAAAGACAAGCUGACUUGAGACAGGAAAGGCAGCUUUCUCCUACCCGACAGAUUAUCAGAUGAAAUGGCAAGUUGUGCGGCAUGCGGUUGAUCAAAGACACCCAGUGAGGAAAGCCUUUUGAAGAUCCUAGUCUACUGUGAAUCCUUUUGAAACACCUGGAUGGGAUUCCCCUUCCCCAUGCCAUCCCGCCUGCAAACUCUUAUUAUUAGACCUGCUGGAUUGCAAUUUGCUGGUACUUCACAGCUGGAUUCCAAGCAGAAUUUCCCUUCAAUCUAUCCAAGGCCAACUUGACUGUUUCAGAUGCCACAUGAGCAGAGGAAGACCUUCACUGGUGAUUCUUGUGGAAGGAAUCCAGGAACUUUGCAUUCUUCCCUUGAGGGGAUAAUGGCUCACAGUGGAGUGUUGUGGGGGUUCCGAAGAUGUUCAGCUAUUUAUUAAGAAAGGGGCAAGGGUGCUCUGGAUUUGCUUGCUUGUUUGUUUGUUUGUUUGUUUUUGUGAGUUAGCUGCUGGUUGGCCAACUCAGACUGGAUAUUAUUUGGAAAUUUAAAAAUUAAUUAAGUUCAGCAUAGUGUUAGAAGGAUAUGUAGCAAAUGUAGCUAGACUAUGUAGAAAAGGCAUCCUUCCAAUCCCACCUCUCAAAUGUAUUAUUAUGCUAUUUGUGGUCUGGGGCUCAACUGCUCUACAAAGCAAUUUGAAUUUGGCAUGAAGCCAGUUUCAUUUCCUGACUUUCUCCAAAGAGCCCAGGAAGUUUUGGACUGAAAUCCUAACUUAAAGAGACACAUUGGAAUCAGUGGGACUCCAGCUUUUGAGGUUAUUCAUCAAUAGGACCUCAAGGGUGCUCACAGAAUGUUUAUUUCCAAAAUUCAUUCAUUGGAGAUGGAAUAAUCGGAGAGCUUUGAAACUGGCUUAAAUUUUGUAAUGUAGACCUUCCCAAAAUGCCUGUAUUUUUUUGUGUCUUUUCCUCCACUCUUUAUAUUAUUGUUGAAUUAUUUGAUUUGUUUUUCUCCUUGAGGGACAAAAAACCCAGCUUGGAUUGUAAGUAGAUAUAAAUUAUAAUAUUACAGAUUUUUUUUUAAGUGUGUGGAGGUAAUGUCUGAUCUAGUAAUGCUAACUUGAACUGUGAAAUCCUACAGGCAACUGAAAGCUUCCCCUAGCUGAAUCUCUAGCAAUAAGCUGCCACUUUCUGUCUUUUGCUUCAAGAACGUCUGAAAGUUGCUUUGACUAUGAAACAAGUCCUGUGAUGUCUGUAGUAGCUCUGAAUGCUUAGUCCCCAUACAACCCCCAAGAAAUUCUGGAAAUUUGAAAGAACCCCCAGGCCGUUAACGAGUGGUAUCCAAGCAAAGGGAUUUGUAUGAAAUACACUACUCCUCAAAAUUAAUAAUCAAUAAAAAUACAUACUUUGA